AUGGGCUUGCGAGAAAAGACCGUGCAUCUUCGUGUCGACGAAAUGCCAGACAGGCGAUAUGGCUUUAAUGACCGUGCAGAAUUCAGUAGUGAGAUAAAGGAGGAGCAAAGAGAACGUUUGACCUUGAGAAGUAUUGACGGAUACGAAGAACCGUUCCGCUCUCCAACAAGCCUCGCCCCUCCAGCCACCAUCCCAUUCUCUCAUCCCGAGGUCAUUGGAGAGGAGAGCGGAGAGCUGCGUAGUGUAGAGUCUCACAGGUACCCCCGGGGAAAGCAGGCUGACAGUCUAGUCUGUAUACGCAGUUGGAGAGCGAAGAUGCUCGUGUGUCUCCUCGUCGCGUUGCUCUUUGUGGUUCCAUUCACGAAAGCAGAAGGAGAGACUCAAGAGUGCUUGUGCCGAUGUCGAACUACGGAUGUGAAAGGGAAUCCGGGGACGUAUUGCACGGGUGCGGAGUGCUGUGCCGUGCCCGUUCACCUCAUCUUGCCCAACACGACUUUCCUGGAAAUCGUGCGUGCGAAUUUCCCCGUGCUGAAACCGGGGUCGUUCGAGAACCUCACUUCUCUCAUCUACAUAGAUCUCCAUAGCAACGAGAUCGCAGAAAUCGAGCCGGGGGCUUUCCAGGGCCUCUCUUCGGUUAACAAUCUGACCCUAAGUUUCAACGUCCUCGUGAAGCUGGAUCCGAACGCAUUUCGGGGUCUCACCGGUCUGGAGUGGUUGUUCAUGGUGAAAAAUCACUUUAAGACCCUCUCGGACGUUACGGUCGCCUUGAGUCCUGCCGUCUUGCCGAAUCUAUUCCGUCUUCAUAUCGGCGGGAACGACUUUGGAGAGAUCCACAACGAUUCCUUCCUUCCUAUGAAUGGAAGUCACGUGAGAGAUCUUCAGUUUCCACUCUGUCAGCUCCGUAGCGUCCAUCCGGAUGCGUUCCGUCCUCUCCCGGCCAUUGGGAGGAUUCAGCUCCGGGAAAACGCCAUCCCUGUCGAUAACCUCAUGAAGGUGAUCGAGAAUCUCCCUUCAACGGUGUUUGGGUUUGAUAUUUCGUCCAUGUCGCUGACGGGGGAAGUUCUACCCGGGAUCAUGGCUUCUGUCUCCAAGACACAGAUCCGGAAGCUGUGGGCCCAGGACAACUAUUACCUGAACCUGCAGAACCACACGUUUCCUCAUAUGCCGCUUCUCGAGGAACUUUACCUCCAAAAGGUGAAGUUGUUGUUCAUCGAAGACGGGACGUUCGAUAAUGUGACGAAUCUGAGACAUUUGGAUCUGUCGGGGAAUCGCCUGACAGGCGUCCCUCAGGCCGUCUUGGUCCCCACCCUGGAAUUCCUGAACAUUUCGGGGAACAGUGGAGGGGAAAAGGUGAAGGCCUCGUUCGACGUCGGUCGCAAUCGGUUCCUCAACACCUCCCACCUCAAACAGCUCGACUUGUCCAAGAAUUACAUUCUGAGGAUUCAUCGAGAUGCCUUCGCCGGGCUGUCUUCCCUGGAGACCCUGGGGUUGGAGAACAACGAGAUCGAACUCAUCGACGAAGGCGUCUUCCUUCCGCUCGGCUCCCUCAAGUUCCUCGGGCUGUCCGGAAACGACCUCUCGUCUGGAAACCCGAAUCUGUUUCACGGCCUGGAUAGCCUGGAUACUCUGGUGAUGGAGAACUGCAACGUGAACUUGGUCCACAAUCGUUCCGUGUACGAGUCCCUGCCUCGACUUCGUCAGGCGAGCCUGGCAUUCAACAAGGUUGCUCAAAUCUCCCCGAUCGUGUUCCGCGAGUCGCACGACCUCCGCAGCCUGGAUCUGUCUCACAACACCAUCUCGUCGUGGAAUGAGCGCGCGUUCCGCUUCCCCCUCGAUUCUCUCUUGCUGAAAAACAACAAGAUCACGACAGUCACCCCAGCCAUGCUCGAGGACUUCAAUUCGGUGCGGGACUUGGACCUUAGCGACAAUCCCUUCCAGUGCGACUGUGGCGUCGCCGACUUCGUCGCGCAUCUUGAGGAGAAGGUCCAAAAUAAAUCUCAGUCGCUUCACACGGAGAAGUUACAUUAUUCCCUAUCGCACGAGAAUGAGGGCGCGUUCGUGUUUGACAGUUAUUUGUGUCACCUGCCGGAAUGGAAGAGGGGUGAACAGUUGCUGGAAUUGGGACUGAGUCCUGAGGAUUGCAUCCCUGCCAGUCCCUGGCUGGUAAUCGGGAUGCCGGUGGUGCUGUGCAUCGUUCUUCUCACCCUCCUCGGCUUCCUCCUCUUCCGCAAUCGGUACUACCUCCUCUAUUAUCUUCAUCUGGCUCGGAGUCACCGGAACAGGAGGCGGAGGUUUCUGGCGGAAGAGAAUGGGUAUUCCAACUACGAAUACGACGCCUUCAUCUCGUACAGCAACGAAGACAGGGAAUUCGUGCAACGGCUCACGUCUACCUUGGAAAAGGAGCCUCCGGCUUUCAAGCUUUGCAUCUACGAACGAGAUUUCCAGGUCGGAGGCGUGCUGAACGAGUGCAUAAUCCAGGGCAUCGAUACGAGUCGAACCACGAUCAUGAUCCUGUCGGAGAAUUUCGUCUCGAGUCAAUGGUGUACGUGGGAGUUACACAUGGCCCAACAUCAACUCUUCCGGGAGAAACGGGAAGGUACGACAGACAAUAAAGGAACGGGGUUUGGUCACGUGUUCUCCAUCUGUGAGGUGACCGAGGUGUGGCAGUUCCCAUCUGUGACAUCACGCUGUGAUUGGCCCGUCUCAAAGACGGCACGUCUCAUUCAGAUUAGAUGGCACCCGAAAUGGAAGGGUCGCUACGUUGUCAUGAUCCUUCAAAUGCAUGAAAACUAA